AUGUUGCUUCUCAAUAGGAGAACCAGUAAAAUUGACGCGCCACGGUUGUUUAAUGCAGCCUAUCAAACCAGCCAAAAGUAUAAGCAUCAGCGCAAGGUAAAUCAUUCCGAAUUCCCCGGAAUAGAUGAUCGUAUGUUGGAGCUGUCAGAGCGCUCGAUUCCCAAUUCUUCUACCGAUAAACCACCACCACCACCGCCACCACCACCACCACCACCAUCACAACUACAAAUCCGACCAUAA